GUAACUUUGACUACGGCGUUACACUUCGUUUUUUACACAUUGAAUUUGAUAUACACCCCACGAAAGAUAGAAAUAUUCGCGACACAGGCCGUGUACUACUUUUCUUCAGUUUCUGGACUGUUCAAAAUCGGCACGGUCCUCACAAAACAGCAAGAAAUUUUAUCCACGUUUGAAAUUAUUGACUGCAAGGAAUUUCUUGGCAACUGUUCUGAAACUAAGAAAUAUCUUCAACAAUUUAGAAGAACAUAUUUUCGAUAUUUUCGACUGUAUUUAACGUUCUGUAUGUGUUGUGCUGUCGUAUUUCUUUGUGGUUUGCCCUUAGUGAACUACUUCUUCCGACAUGAGGACCUGAAACUACCUGUAUGCGAAUAUUAUUUCCUGACCGACGAAGUCCGAAAGAACUAUAUUUUCUACUGGUUCGACUACCAAAUACUGGGCCUUAUUGUAACAAUCGUGUAUAAUUCUACUACUCACACGUUUCUGUGUGGGUUAAUAUUAAUGGGAAUAACUCAGUUUAAAAUACUGAAUUUUAAUAUCGCUAGUAUUCGACUUGAUGAAGACAUUGAGAUCAAUAAUCAAGAAGAAAGGGAGCAAGCGUUAAUUAAUAAACUUAACCAAUGUUUGAAACACUACGACAUCAUCCUUAAGUAUUGUGAAAAUGUUCAAAAUAUAGCAGACGUCUUUUUCUUUGUACAAUUCAGUUUGGCGGCCAUAACCAUAUGUUUCUGCAUGUACAUGCUUAUUUUGGAUUUAAGUGACAAGGACAAGGUUUUCACAACAUGUUUCAUAAGCGCCAUGCUACUAGAAAAUUACACGCCUUCCUUUUUAGGAAGUCAUCUUACGGCCGAGAGCGAUAAUCUGCGAAUUGCAGCGUACAGUUGCAAUUGGACACCUCGCUCGCACUCCUUCAAAAAAAGUCUCAUAUUGCUUAUGGAACGAGCACACAGGCCUGUGGUUAUCGUUGCCCUUAAAAUGGUGCCCAUAAAUUUAGAAACCUUUGCUUCGAUGGUAAAAACGGCCUACUCAUUCUUCACUCUGCUAAGUGGCGCACAAGAAUAAAUUCAAGAAAAGUAUUCUAUAGAAAAAUAUUUGGAUGAUACCUAUUUUGCACACUACUAUUAUAUUUUUCACGUACACUAGUAAACUUAAUAGAAGAUGCUACAAAUAUCAGUAAUUAGUUAUUAACCAAAAUAACAGAUAAAAUAUUCUAAAAUAGUUAUAAUUUAUGUUAAUACUUAUUGUCCUAUUCAAGAUUCAUUUUGUGAUAGCAUAACACAAUCUGAUGUAUUAUGUUAUUGAUAAAUAAUGAUAAAGUAAUUAAUAAAUCAGUCAGUUCAGAUUAUUC